UGAAGUCUGUCCAUCCGAUCCUGUAGGUAGGGUGGAGUCCCGGUGCACAGGCGGAUAACACAUUUAAGCUCUCGCGUCGACCGAUCCAAGGCAGUUCCUCCUUUCUGAUAGGACCUCGAAGUCAUCGAAUCUCUCAACCAGCAAGCAUGGAACACCAUCCAGAGUUUGAGCAGGCUGGCAAGAAGCCAGGUCUCCAAGUGUGGAGGAUUGAGAACAAGGAGCUGGUGCCAGUCCCAAAGGAACUGUAUGGAGGGUUCUAUAUGGGGGAUGCCUACAUGGUCCUCAAAACCAUCAAACAGAGAUCUGGGAGACUGCAGUAUAACCUGCACUUCUGGCUGGGUGAAACCUCUGCCACUGUUGAGCAGGGAGUAGCUGCCAUACUUACAUCUCAAAUGGAUGAAUACUUGGGUGGUAAACCCGUCCAACAUCGUGAAGUGCAAGGCUAUGAGACAAAAGAAUUUCUUGGCUACUUCAAGAGUGGGAUGAAGUACAUGAGUGGGGGCGUGGCUUCAGGCUUCAGACAAGUUGUCACCAAUGAGGUGGACAUAAAGCGCCUACUGCAGGUGCAGGGUCGGCGUGUUGUCAGGGGAACUGAGAGGCCUCUGACCUGGGACAGUUUCAACCAGGGAGACUGCUUCAUCCUUGACCUGGGCAACGACAUUUUCGAGUGGUUUGGCUGCCAGUGCAAUGGCUACGAGAGGCUGAAGGCCACAAAGUUAGCCAAGGCAAUCCGGGACAAUGAACGAGGCGGGCGGGCCAGAGUUCGCAUGUGUGAUGAGGGGGACGAGCCAGAGGAGAUGCUGGAGAUUUUGGGAGCAAAGCCGGAUUUGCCUGAGGCUCACGUCGAAGACGUCAAAGCUGAUAUACAAAACAAGGAGAGUGCAAAGUUGUACAAGAUUUCCAAUGCUACUGGGGACAUGGAUACCACCGCUGUAGCCGAAAAAAGCCCCUUCGCCCAGAGUGAUCUGGAGUCCAGUGACUGCUUCAUCCUCGAUGACGGCUCCAAUGGCCGAAUCUUCGUCUGGAAAGGCAAAGACGCCAACACGGAGGAGAGGAGGGCAGCGCUGACCGCGGCACAGAAGUUCAUAGACAACAUGCAUUACCCGAAGCACACCCAGGUCCACGUCCUGCCCGAGUCGGGCGAGACGGCCCUGUUCAAGCAGUUCUUCAAGCUGUGGCGCGACGUGGACCAGACUGAGGGGCUGGGCCAGUGCUACGUGAGCGGCAGCAUCGCCAGCAUCGAGCAGGUGCCCUUCGACGCCUCCACUCUGCACGGGAGCAGGGCCAUGGCCGCCCAGCACCGACUGCUGGACGAUGGGAGGGGCGAGAAGCAGAUCUGGCGUAUCGAGGGUGGAGACAAGGUGGCUGUGGAUCGCUCCACCUAUGGGCAGUUCUAUGGGGGAGACAGUUACCUCAUUCUGUACAACUACCAGCACGGUGCUAAGAGCGGACAAAUCAUCUACAUGUGGCAGGGAAAGAAUUCAUCCCAGGAUGAGACUGCGGCGUCGGCCAUCUUGGCUACCGUGCUGGAUGGAGAGCUGGGAGGGACACCUGUCCAGGUGCGGGUGGUGCAGGGGGAGGAACCAGCCCAGCUCAUGAGCCUGUUCGGGGGUCGGCCCAUGGUGGUGCACAAGAAUGGGACAUCCAGGGACGGGGGCCAAACCGAGCCAGCCAAAACGCGACUUUUCCAGCUGCGGACCAACUCCGCUGGGGGCUCACGCGCCGUUGAGGUGGAUGCCAGCGCCUCCGAGCUGAACUCCAACGACGUGUUUGUCCUGGUGACCCCGGCGGCGGCCUUCAUGUGGCUGGGGCAGGGCUCCAGUGAAGCGGAGAAGUGCGGGGCCAAGCAGCUCUGUGAGAUCCUGGCCGUGUGCACGUCCGAGCUCCCUGAGGGCGGAGAGACCGAUGAUUUUUGGGAGGCCUUGGGAGGAAAGGCUGACUACUGCACCUCCAUCAGGCUGAAGGACAAAAUGAAUGCCCACCCUCCCAGACUCUUUGCCUGCUCCAACAAGACGGGGCGGUUCAAAAUCGAAGAGGUACCUGGGGAUAUGACCCAAGAUGACCUGGCCACUGAUGACAUCAUGAUCUUGGACACCUGGGAUGAGCUGUUUGUAUGGACUGGGAAAGAAGCAAAUGAUGAGGAGAAGGGUGCAGUCAAGGCCUCAGCUGACCAGUACAUCAAAUCUGACCCCUGUGGCCGGGACGCCAACACACCAGUCACAAUGACCAAGCAAGGAUCUGAGCCACCAACCUUCACAGGCUGGUUCCUGGGCUGGGAGGACGAUUACUGGAGCACUGACCCGCUGCAACGUGCCUUGGCCGAGCUGGAGGUGUGAACCAUCACCAUCUCCGACCUCCUCCUGGGCAGUGGGGGUUCAGGUUAACCCCCCCCCUGCUGUUCCACAAUUCAAACCCCCCGUCUUUAAAAGCAGUGUAUAUCACUACUAAUUAGCAUUACUUUACUAUCCUAGUUCUUUCCGGUACUUUGUAGGUUUUGCUGUGAGAACAGAGAGUGGGCCAAGUGGGGAACAAGCUGAAUUAUCCUGGGAAACCUUAUCUAAAGACCAAAGCUGUGAAAUUCACCAUCAUUCUUGAAUACUGUUGCUGUAGCCCAAAUUAUAUAAAAUAAUAAUAAUAAUAAUUGUGGGGUAGAAGAAACAGUAAGAAGAUAAAUAUACUCCUUACUAUGAACUGCACUGCCCUGCACCUCCAUAGCAUGCCUGUAAUGUGCCAGCUGUCUUUUUCAAAGCAAUAAAGAAAAACACUCAGUUAAAA